AUGUCGGUAAUCCCGAUGUCGCCAUCGCAGCCGGCCGUUUCCGCUGCCAUGACGCUGGCGGCGAAACCGGUAGCCGGCGCUGCGCCGUUAACAGCGAAAUCGGUGUCUGGCGGCGCGUCGCUGGCGGCGGAUGUGGUGGGUGACGUGUGGAAGGCGGAUUGGUACGUCGCGCAUUGCUACAAGAUCCCCGCUAUGGCGCAACUCAACCUCGUGCUCUCGCAGGUGGCGCAAGCGCCGACGCGGAGCGACAUAUCUCUCCCCAGCUGCGGCCCCGCGGACCUGAAGCGCUUCCACCGCGACCUGGCGGAGUUAAUCUCCUCGUCGGAAUUCGCGGGGAAGCAGCUCAACGUGUUUCUGCACGCCGUCCACUCCACCGCCUCGGGCCUCCAGAAAGACAUCUCGAAGCGCCUCGCGAACGAGAAUUCGUCCGUUUCAAAAAACUCUCGAAGGUGGUUCUCGAGGUUUCCGUCGGGGGGGGACGAUUUCGCCUUAGCAGCUGCUGCGUUAGCGACGUCGAAUGCCGAGGCGCCUCGGAGAAGGCUAGACGAAUCGGUUUUAGGAGCAGCUCUAGCCACGACAGCCGCAGGUGUCGGUUCCGCGGUUUCAGGUGCGACGGCCGGCGGACGGGAGUCGACGGACGUCAGGGGUCACGAUAAUGGUAACGGUAACGGAGACGGGAAGAGUAACGUGGCCGCGAGCCAAAUUGACCGUACCGCCGUUUCUGCCCGUGAUAGCACCACCCACGCAGUCGGAAACGUUAGCAGUAGCGAAGCCACCAGGAACCUGCGUUUGUGGACUGAAGCCAACCGGGAAUGUCUUAGCGCUACUUUCUCCUCUGGCGCGCAGCCGCCUAAGUCGCCAACCAAACCUACAUUCGCGGCUCGACUGCGCUCCCGGUCGUUGAGCGGAGUAACGGCGGCGGUGGCGCUGUUCCGCUCUCCCGAGAAUGCGGUUCCGCGCAGCAAAGACUCCGCCGUUGCGCGGGGAACGGGGGAAGGGGGGGCAGCGCCGGGGGCAGAGUCGGGGGAAGGGGUCAUUGCGCGGGAACGAGCAGAAGCGGGGGCAGAUGGGGUGACUAUAGCUGGAGAUGUUGCAAGAAACGAGGUUCGCGGCUCCGGUCCCUUCUCGUUCCGCCUCGCCCCGCCUUCCGCGCUUGCAGUGGGGGAGGCGGAAGGAGACGAGGAGGAGAGGGGGUUGAGGGGAGGAAGGGAAGCGGGGGGGGCGGCAGCUCUCCGCGGGUUCUUGCUGUGCGGGCGGGGAAUGCGGAGUGACAGCGAAUCAGGAGCCAGCAGCAGUUCCGCCGAGGGGGAAACAGGCGGGGGCGAGGGAAGUCGGGAGGAGGGGGGAAUUUCCUCUCGGGAGGGGCGCGAUUUGGAAGGGGAAGGCGAAGAGGGGGCAGGGAGGAAGGCGGCAGGGGGAAUCGCGGAAAGGGAACGUGCGGAGGAGGAGGUGGGAGGGAAACGCGGAAAAGAAGGGGCAGAGAGGCAUGGGGUCGAGGAAUCAAAUAUUGACGAGGAAAUCCAAUCAGAUACCAAUAUUUUUCGAGAAGUGGGAACAGACAGUAUUGCUUUCCGCCAUGACCGCGCCAGCGUGUCCAUGCCACGUGCCGCCACGUCAGCAGAGGCGUUCUUUCCAUCGUCCACGUCAGUAGCCGUCCCUGCCACGUCACUAGAAAGAAGCGGGGCCGGGGGCGGGGGCGUGGGAGGUAGAGCAGGGGAUGUGUAUGGUCCGCGCUUAACUAAAAGUCGGUCAGUAGCGGUGGAACGUAACCGUCACAGUUACAGCAGCGGCAGCAUCAGCAGGGGAGAAGGGGGAAGGAGAGGGGGACGGGGGAAGGCGGAAGGCGGAGGGGAAGCGGGCGGGGGCGGGGAGGGCGGAAAAAGGGCGGGAAAACCGCCCCCCAAGAGCAGUCACGAACGGUUACAGGAGAUUCUAAAGAAUGUGACUAUAGGGGGGACUAGAGGAGGACCGUUGCAGAUGGCGCGGGCUAUAGCGAGGGGGGGAGUGGGGGGAAGCUUUGGGGGGAGCGGACCAGGGGGGCCGGGGGGAGGUUCGGCGUCUGCGGGGGGGAUGGGGAGUCCGCGCGUGUGGGAGGGAAUGGACGGCCAGGAUGGCAUCUCGAGAUUCCACAGGGGAAUGUCGGUGGCGGAAAGAGGGGAGAGAGGGAAAGGGGCGGGAGGGGGGGAAGGGGGGAGCGGAGGGGGGAACGGAGGGGGAGCCAGGCGGUUUAUGCCCACGUCUCUGUCUGUAGUCUCCCGGAAAGGGGGAGAAUGGGGGGAGGAGGAGAUGGGGGAGGGGUGGGCGGAAGGGGAAGCGGAGCAGGGGGGAGCGGGGGAAGAAGGGGGAGAGGGGAGCAGCAUUGGAGCGAGCGGCAGUAGCAACGGCCAGUCACCUCGCCCUCUUUUGUCUCCUACUGCUCAGUUUCAACCCCCUACUGGUCCUCCUGUGUCGCCCAAACGGCCAGCCUUGUCGAAAGCAAAGCUACAGCAGGAGGAAAUGCUGCUACAGCUGCUUCGCUCCACCCCCCCCAUACGCUGGUCCCUGGCUAGUGAGGGAGGUGCUUCUGGGAGCGGGGGAAGUGCAAGGAUGGGCCGGUAG